CAAAACGUGACUGGUGGCAUUGCGCAAUUUUGUUUCUUUUAAAAUGGGAAACUGUUGUCAAAAGUUUCUUUUUCACAACUUUCUUGAAACAUGGAACCAGCUUUUUUCGGGUUAGACCCAUUAUUCCACACUCAUGUCAAAUUGUUUAUUAAGGAUGUGUUAAAAUUGGAACGUGUGCCCGAUGUUUCCCUUGAGGUGUUCCAACUUUAUGAUCAUGUCAUAAGACUGGUCGAAAUCUGCGGGAUUGUUGUGGCCGUUGAAAAUUCAGGUGGAAAUAUUAUUUACACAGUCGAUGAUGCCUCUGCCACGAUAAGUUGUUGCUUGUUCAGUGACAACAUGGAUGUCAAUUACGUGCCCUUGGAACUUGGCACUGCAGUGAGAGUACGUGGAAAAAUCAGCACUUAUGAAGAUAGAAAGCAGAUCAGAAUCUAUGACAUUUUCACACUUGAAGACCCAAAUGAAGAAUUAGUUCAGUAUAUACAUACCGCCACGCUUGAAGUGGAGUACCAAAAGCCGUAUCGUUUACCAAGUGCUAUCGAGAAAAACAAGAAUUCUCUUUUGAACCGAUUAAAUGACCCUCGUAUUGAGGAAGAUUACUUUAUUAACGGAUUUGCAAUGGAAAUACUUCAAUUUAUAAAGGCGAGUGGUCAAAGCACUUUAAGUAUAUGGGUUCCGACAAGAGAACCAUCUUUGGUAGAAGCCGCCCAAAGUGUCUUGGAGCAAAUCGGUGAGGAAGUGACGGUCAAUGGUGUAAUGGAAUUGUUUGGAAAAGCCAUUAAAGUUUUAAAUGAUAAUAAUUUGGUAUUUACAUCCAAAGAAAAAGACAAGUUAAUAUUGGCAAAUAUACCAGCAAUGGAAGGAUUCAUUGUGAAAGUUAUUAUUGAAACUUUAGAACUGGUGCCUUACCAAAGUGGUGGGGUCCAGGCAGAAUACCUUUUGAUAAGAACAAUGGAUCAAUUUGACUAUUUGACCAAAAAUGAUGUCAAUCGAUUAUUGAAAAGUAUGAUUCUCCGGGGUAUAGUAUAUACUCCUUGUGCUGGAGAAUAUAGUGUUCUACCUUAUUGAUUCUAAUAAUUCCUUCUCUCCUUGCAAUUUUCAUCUUCAAAUGUACAUACUCGACGCAAUAAACAUAACAUAUUCCUUUGGCUGACGUAAUCAAGUGCAUUUAUCCAUCGAUAUGACUGCCUCUGGGUGUUUGGGCGGGAAGGUAUCAGGUUGUACAGAGAAGGUCAAACAGUCAUAUGAUGCAAUAUGAGGUUAGUAUCUUAUACGAGUGUCCAUUCUUUCUUAUUUGUUUUACCACUUUUGAC